UAGUAAUUGAUUGAGUUGGCAAAAAGAUGUAACCUGAAUGAUAUUAUGCCCAUUACAAUUGAUUUGGGCAAUCAUGACUGAGGAGACAAUAAUUCUAGUUUUAUUAGUGUUGGUUAUGCUUGUGGGGUCGUAUUUGGCAGGUAGCAUACCGAUGUUGAUGAAACUAAGCGAGGAAAAGCUAAAAUGUGUCACUGUGCUGGGAGCUGGAUUGUUAGUGGGAACUGCUCUAGUCGUUAUUAUACCGGAGGGUAUUCGUUCAUUGUAUGUGGGGAGUGCGCAAUCCCAAAAUCUAACAUCGGUUCCGGAGCAACCAGAUUACUCACAGACCAUUGGACUUUCCCUUGUGCUUGGAUUUGUCUUCAUGAUGUUGGUAGACAUUUCUCAGCGAAAGAGCAAUGUUGGAAGUAAUAAAAAAAACAAUGCCACACUAACUCUAGGAUUGGUUGUACACGCCGCAGCUGAUGGAGUUGCCUUGGGAGCAGCUGCCACCACUAGCCAUCAAGACGUUGAGAUAAUUGUAUUUUUAGCUAUAAUGCUUCAUAAGGCACCAGCAGCAUUUGGGUUAGUGACUUUCCUACUGCACGAAAAAGUUGACAGACAUCAAAUUCGCAGACACCUAGUCUUGUUUUCCCUGUCGGCUCCCCUUUUGACUAUUUUAACGUAUUUUGGAAUCGGCCAGGAGCAGAAGGAUACUUUAAACUCCGUAAAUGCUACUGGUAUAGCUAUGCUGUUUUCCGCUGGAACAUUUUUGUACGUAGCAACUGUUCAUGUUCUACCAGAGCUUACCCAAGGGGGAUUGACGAAGAGCGAUCAGCAAAAUUAUCAUUUGCUAGAGGAAUCUCGCGAUGCUACGAAUGAUACAAAUGGAGGCAAUAGUAUACAAGCAUUAAAAUAUAGUGAAUUGGUUAUUAUGAUUUGCGGUGCACUGCUUCCGCUGAUUAUAACACUUGGACAUAAGCACUAGUAUAGGCGUCUAGACAUUUUUGACAAACCAGAAGUAAAAGUUAAGGGAUAUCAAGCAAUAUACAUAUGUUUGCGUUCAAUUACUCGGUUUUACAUUUAUUUACAUUAGGUGUUUUGCACAAUGAAGUAAGUAAAUUAAGUAAUUUUUGUAAAAAAGGGCCCAAUUUAUGCCAAGUUUGGAACCGACGUCAACUUCUUUCAGUUUUCUGUAUAUUUUAGUGAUUUAAGAGGCCUUAUCCGAGGAUGCAAAUAAAGCAACCAUAGUGCGGAAGAUCAAAAAAUAA